AUGACAUGGUCUGAUCUCCCAAUAGAUCUCAUCCAUUACACCUCAUCGCAUUUGCCCAUUGUAGACUACCUUCGACUCUUUGUUGUCUGCACCUCAUGGAAUUAUGUUCUUUCCAACGAUGUACCCAAUGGAAUUCAAUGUCGUCCCUCACCUUGGUUAUUGCUUCCCAGUGAAGCUGGAGAAGCCUCCAAUUCACUCACCUUCCGUGAAUUUACAAUAAAAGAAGAAGAGACCAGUGUCGGUUGCCAUCUUCGCUUCUCCUCCCUUGAUAGUUACAUCAUCGGUCGUCGUUGCUUUGGCUCGAAGGAUGGAUGGCUCAUGACCCUUGAGAAAGAAGAUCUGCAGGCUCGCCUCUUUAACCCUCUCACAAAGGCUGAAAUAUCAUUCCCAUCUCUUUUCACCAUCCCCAAAGACGAAGGCACAGACGAGGAAUGCUUACGUGAUAUAUAUUUUCAGAAGAUCAUUGUCUCUUCUAAUGACUUAUCAGGAACUGCUAUUGUUAUCUAUGGACGUACAAAAUCUCUGGCUUUGGAAAGGCUGGGAGAUCAAACAUGGGUUCUCGGCCCGCAGUUGCCUCUUUAUGCCAUAAUGCACGUGGAGCAAUUUGAGGAUGUUUACUAUCAUCAGGAAGAUAAAAGAUUUUACACAAUCACACAUUUCUCGAUGGUUCUGGCCUUUGACGUCAAUGGAAAAAAUUUGAAUUGA